AUGGCUUCUGGUUGGGACAUUAAUGAGUGUUUGAAAGAGACUCAAAACUGUGUCACCGGGCAGACUUGCAUCAACACAGAGGGCUCUUUUUGCUGUCAGCGUGACACAAACUGUGGUACAGGCUACAAACUCACUGACACCAACACCUGCCAAGAUGUUGAUGAGUGUGCUUUUGGAUCCCACAACUGUGGCCUAGACUUUGAGUGUAGGAAUACGGCAGGGUCGUUCUGCUGUCACCCACGGGAGCAGUGUGGAGAGGGAUAUAUCCAGGACGCAGUGGGAAACUGUAUUGAUAUCAAUGACUGUGUGACCCAGUCCAGCCCGUGCAUCAUGACCUGUAUUAACACUGUGGGGUCGUACACCUGUAGAAGAUACUCUGUCACCUGUGGACGAGGACAUCACCUCAGUGAGGACAGUAGUCACUGUGUGGAUGUGGAUGAGUGUCUGGUAGAAGGGGUGUGUCAGGGCCAUGGUUGUGUCAACGUCCUGGGUUCCUUCCUCUGCGAGUGCAGACCUGGCUUCAUCUUCAACACCAUCAUCAGACUCUGCAUUAACGAGUGCAGGCAGUACUCAGGACGCCUCUGUGCCCACAAGUGUGAGAACACCCCGGGGUCCUACCAGUAUUCCUGUACCACAGGCUUCAAACUGGCCAGCGACAGCAGAAACUGUGUAGAUGUGAAUGAGAGUGAGAUGAACCCCUGCAGUCAGGAGUGUGCUAAUGUUUAUGGCUCCUACCAGUGCUACUGUCGCUUUGGUUACCAUGACAUUGAUGAGAUCACUUGUGAAGAUAUUGAUGAGUGUGCCCUGCCAACUGGGGAUCACAUGUGUUCCUACCACUGUUCCAACACCGCAGGCAGCUUCCGCUGUGCCUGCCCUCCCAUGGGCUACACUCUCGCCCCCAACGGACGCACCUGCCAAGAUAUGAAUGAGUGUGUGGCCGGAUCCCACAGCUGUGCUGUGACAGAGAGCUGCUUCAACGUACAGGGAGGGUUCAGAUGCCUGUCCUUCAGGUGUCCACCCAACUUCCGUUGGGCAGCAGAGGGCCAUUGCGAACGCAUAGCCUGCGAGUACGUACGGGACCCCUCGUGUUUAUCCCUCCCCUUAAAAAUCUCUUUCGACAACAUCACUUUCCCCACCAACAUCUCCGUGCUGGCUGAUGUCUUCCGCAUGGGGCCCUCCAACUCAGUCUCAGGGGACGACAUCCAGCUAGACAUCGUCACCAGAGACCAAGGGCUUUUUAGUGCCCAGAGACUGGCCCACAGCAGAGGGAUCUCACUGCAAAGCAUCGUGACAGAACCCCAGGAUUUCUUGCUCACAGUGGAGAUGAGGCUCAUACGUUACGGGACUGUUCAUUUUUAUAUGGCUAAGAUUGCGGUGUUUAUCACCUACGAGCAGCCCAUCCCACCAAGACUUCCAUUCUAAAUACCAUUAUCUAGCCCUGCUGUCAUAAUAUGGCUGAUCUCAUAUUUGACCAUCAUGAUGAAGAAUCAUCUUAUUUAUUUAGGAGCAUUCCUGAACCUUCUGUGUUCUGGGGAAGUUACAUGGUGAUAUUCAAGUGUUGUGGCAAUGUGUGUUGUGAUGUGUAAUGUUCACUAGGUGGGGAUCAUAGGCAGUAUAAGAAUCUAAUCUCACCAAUCUACCUCAUGAUUUGCAUGGCAGCUUUGCUUUGGAUUUUGAGCUUUUGUUGCUUUUUAUUGAAUUUUUUUGCAAUUAAAAUGAAUUUGUCACACAGUGA